UAUGUGUCGACUAUGUUACUAUGUAUAGCUUGUUUACUCACGCCUACAUAGUGGUACAUUGGGAUGUAGUUGUUUGAUGAAAGAAAUUAGGUUCUAACUUGUUCAUCGCCAAGAAAGCUGAUGUCAACAUGGGGGUUUUCUCCACUUGUGUGAUUGCCCUUGACCUCACAACCAGCGUCAGUUUCAAGAAGAAAGUUGAGAUAAAGAAGAAGAUACUGGACAAUGGGGGCAUUGUUUCUUUCAUCGUCACAAAAAAGACAACACAUGUCGUUGGAAAUGAUCCAGAGAAGUUUGACGUGUCAUCAAAAUGCAGGAUGGCUGUCAAGUACGGCAUUCCAGUUGUCUCCCCAGAGUAUGUGUCUGACGCCAUCAGGCAUGGCCAACUACCACUUACAGAUGAGUACAUCAUUGGUGGGAGAAGCAAGACAUCAGAUUUCAAGUCAGGAAAAAUUACAGCGCUAACGCCAAAGACAGAGCAAAGGAAGAAGACCAAGUCCAUUUUCAGCAUCAAGGGGGUUAAAGUAUGGCAGUAUGGGGACAAUAAGGCGCCAUUCUUUGAUGAAGACAAAUAUGAAGUUGCCAAGUAUGCCAUGUUUGAGGGCUAUGAUAAGAAGACAGAUGCAGCUACUUUCUUUGUGGUGGAGAUCCACGUGACUCAGUCCCAGGACCAGAACAAGGACUCAGAGGACCCCCGCUUCAGGGUGUACACACACCACGGCAGUCUCAAGGAUGCUCAGGAAGGGUAUGACUGUUGUAGGGAGUGUAGAUAUGCCAAAACAUCGGAGGAAAUACUGGCCAUAUUUGGUAAUGUGCACAAGGAACAGACGCUGCCAGGCAAGAAGAUGGCCGUGGUUACAGGGAGGAAAGUCAGCAGGAAUAUUGGAUCUCCAAAACUGCAAAAGAUUUUGGCAGAGUUACCUUCUGAAAGUAAUGACCUUGACCCCCAUGUGUCCGACCUUGUUGAACAUGUGUGGCGUGAGGUUGCAGGGGAGAUAACUGAGGUUAUCACAAUGCCAGUUGACAAAGUGAAGAUGGACCAGCUGGAGAAGGCGGAGGCCAUCUUGAUGCAGAUCCAGGACUGUUUAAUGGCCAACAAGACAGACCAGCUCAACUCCCUAACGAGUGACUUCUACGAAGCCCUACCACACAGAUGUCCGGACCAGGGUGUCAGCAAACAGUGGGUGGCCACUAAGCUUGACCUGUGUCAGUUGAUCCGGGAUAUGAUCUCCGUGAGCGAGGCCACUAAUUGGUCAACUAGAAGCAGCACUGAGGCCAAAUACCGAGCCCUGCGAUGCAAUAUUGGCCAUCUCGAGUCACAUGACCCACAACACAAGUUGGUGAGAGACCUUGUGGAAUCGUCCAUCGAAGGCGAUUUAAAGAUGGAGAUCAAAGCUGUGUACGAGGUGCAGCGACCCAUCGAAGAAACCAACUUCCGUCAUGAUAUUGACCCCAAACGACUCCUGUUCCAUGCAUCCAGGCCAGAAAACUUUGUCGGAAUAUUGUCACGAGGACUGUUGUUGCCGAAAGUUGUAGUGGAGAACUACGGGGGUCAGAGGUCAGACGCAGGGAUGCUGGGAGGUGGACUCUACUUUGCCAGUGCUGCCAGCACCAGUGCCCAGUACUCCCGUGAGAGCAAGACAAAGGGCACACGGCUGAUGCUGGUGGCUGAUGUUGCUCUUGGCCAGUGUAAGGAUCUGUUUAACCAUGACAGGACCCUCAAGUGCCCCCCAGAGGGCUAUCACAGUGUACAUGGUGUCAAGAACUCUCCCAACACACCAUCAGACUUCAUGGCUGAUGAGUAUGCUGUGUACUGCGUCAAGCAGCAGCGUCUGAGAUACCUGGUGGAGUUUAGCCUGCAGGGGGACCAAGUUCGGGAUGUAAUUCUAGCAGACAUCCAGCAAGACUUGGAGCAGACGGCACUGGCUGACAUGUUGCAGGACAACUUGGACUUGUCGGACGUGCUGGGCAUUGAGGACCCUCUGUCUAAGGUGGAGGCUGGUCUGGUUUCCGAGGGCAACAAGAUGGCUGUGGAGCUGCAAGGAGUUCACAUCCGCUCCAAACUGGUGGACCUGGCUGCUCAGGUGAUAGUUCUCCAGGAGUACUACAACACCAGUGACACUGCUGUGGAGGCCAAAUAUGUGUUUCCUCUGGACGACAUGGCUGCUGUGUGUGGGUUCGAAGCAUUUAUCAAUGACAAGCACAUCAUAGGCGAGGUCAAAGAGAAGGAGCAGGCUCACAAGGAGUACAAGAAGGCUGUCAGUGAAGGUCAUGGAGCUUAUCUGAUGGACAGAGAUGAAGAGACACCGGAUGUGUUCACAGUGAGUGUUGGCAACCUCCCACCCCAUGCAUCUGUCCUCAUCAAGAUUACUUACGUAGCUGAACUACAGGUUGAAGCAGAACUUAUAAGUUUCCGGUUACCAGGCAGUGUGGCACCAUGGAAGCAAGACUCUGCAGCUGAUGAAAUCACUCAGACUGAGCUGGAAACACACAAGGUUCAAUCAGGGGACACCACUGUGCAGGUUGCCGUGGAGAUGCCAUUUGACAUUCGCUCAAUACAGUGUCCUUCACACAAAGUCCGAAUCAAGAGAACUGCUGCCAAGGCUGUAGUGCAGAUGUGUCAUGGACAGUCAAUACAAGAUGGCUUCCAGCUCCUGAUUGGGCUGGCUGAGAUACACGUGCCACGGAUGUGGGUAGAGAGACAUCCAGGAGAGACACAUCAGGCCUGCAUGUUGACAUUUUACCCUGAGUUUGAGGCUGACGAGGACGAUGAUGUGGAAAUUGUGUUCGUCCUUGACCUCUCCAAUUCCAUGUCUGGUGAUGCAGUGCUGGAUGCCAAGAAGCUGUUGAUGAUGUUGCUGCACAACUUGCCACCGCGCUCUACCUUCAACGUCCUCUGCUUCGGAACAGGCCACAGGGAGCUGUUCGCAACCAGCCAGUCGAACACAAACACUACCAUCCAGGCUGUAGAGACAUUCCUCAAGACGGCGUGUGCAGACAUGGGCAACACGGAGGUGUUUAAACCCCUCCACUCCUACCACCUGCUAGCCUCCACAACAGCAACACGCAACAUCUUCAUCAUCAGUGACGGACACUUCAACAACGAGGACAGUGUUCUCAAUGCUGUCCUCAACAACGCUACUCAUACUCGAGUCUUCACGUUGGGUGUCAGUUCCACUGCCAACAUGCACCUCCUGCGAGCCAUUGCAAGAGUUGGAGGGGGAGCAUUCGAAUUCUUUGACCGGAAAGCCAAGUCCAAGUGGGAGAGGAAGGUGAAGUCUCAGCUGAGUAAGGCCUCACAACCAGGUCUGACCUCGGUGGCAGUUGAGUGGCAACAAUUUGACAAUGAUGCAGCAACAUUGCCACAAGCUCCGCGGCAGAUCACAGCUCUAUUCAAUGGCUCACGUCAAGUUGUAUAUGGACUGGUACCUAACUGCACCAUGGCAACCUUGAAAGCUGUUGUUGGGGGACAGGAAGUGUCAACAGUAGUCUCGACGUCUGAACUUAGCAUCACAACAGGAAUGAUCGUUCACCGCCUGACAGCGCGGUCACUUAUACGAGACUGGGAGGAUGGUAUGCUGUCUGCAGAUCGCACACAACACGAGAUUUUGAAACUGAAUCUGAAGAACUAUGUGAUUGACUUGAGCAAGGAGUAUUCCAUUGUCACUCAGUUCACCAGCUUUGUUGCCAUAGAAACCAGAGAUGAGGAUGAGAAGAAAGGCCUGCGGGAGUCAGGUGGCCCCAGCAUAUUUGAGUUGGUGAGUGGUCACAGCAUGGACAUCCUGGACUACAUGGGAUGGGAGGGGGGACAAGGACGAGGAGAAGAUGAGCAGGUCGGAGGAGGAGCUGGAGGAUUUGAUGAUGGAGCCGGAAGAGCAUGACUCAUUGAUGGAGGAGCUGGACUACUUGAUGGACGAGCCAGAGGAGUAUCAAGCGAUGAUGUUGGACCUGGACGAGGCGAAGAUUAUGGAGGAGCAAGGGACAGGGAUGGAGCUGGACAAGCUUCAGUCUGAAU